AUGAAAUUCCCUUCCAGCAUCCUCUUUCUAGGUUGGUAUCACUCCUUGGAGCGCAGUGGGAUCAGAGUGUUUGCAAGAGCAGGUCUGGGAGAUUGGAGGCCCGGCUUCCAUUUCUGUUGCUCAGAUAUCUGGACUCUAAAUGGAUCCUCUCCUUUCCAGGGUGUUGGCUGACCAGGCAGUGGCAGAUCUCCAGAGGUGAGUGUCAGUCAGCCGUGAGAAUGGUGAUAAAAAUAGGGGGUGAGAAGAAUGGGAACUACAUGCCGUAGACUCCUCCAACCAGGACUACUUUUCUCAUGGUAGACUUUAUCUGUCUCAUAUUCGAGGCUUUUUUCCAGUCGGAACUCAGUUCCGGCAUCUUUUAGGUGGGGGCAGUUGCCAUUAUCAGAGAACAAGGGAGGCUUUCAUGGUGAUUUCCGGUACCUCUUUUUCUAGAAAAGUUGAACUGCCCUUAUUUAUUUGUCUCUAGACAACCUGUCAAGGAAACCGUCCUCCCAGUUAUCCACUUCAGUUUAUUUCUCUUGGGUGCAAGGUCUGUUUAGACACAGGGAUCCUUAGUCUUGCCCCUCCCACUGUAAACAUCACUAGAUACUAAGGGAGAACCUUCUCUUUCAUUGCCUCCUGGCUGCAUGAAUCGCAACUGGCGCUGUCCUGCCUGUCUCCUGUGUCUUGGCUUAUGCAGGAGAGUGAGCAACCGAGUGACAUAAAGGACCUUAGGUUCUGGACUCUUCCACUUCCUCUCCACCCUGUCCUCCUCCAAUGUCAACAGGGAAGGGGAAGUUAAAGAGCCCUCCCCCUCUCUCUGCUAUCUCAGAAGUGAGUCAUUGGUUGAAGGCUAUAUUGUUGGCCCUACAGCUGUUGCUCAGUUCAAAAUAUGAUUCCUACUUCUUUAGAAAACAGGAUGGUGAUGAGGAAUAUGUGAAAAUAUAGAUAUAUGUCAAUUGGAAAAUGUUACUGAUUAAUAUACGUACCACACUUUUGUGGAUUUUGGUACCCUGAUACAAGUCUACUACAAGUCUCCCAUUACUACUGCUCUGCCUUCCAAAUCUCACUCCUGUUAUCUUUCUUUCCCAGGACAGCUUUAUCGGAAGCCUUCCAUCUCAGUGAGACCAAGUCCUCAGGUCAUCCUAGGUGAAGAUAUCUAUAUCCACUGUGAGACUGAACAUACCGUAUUUUUCGCUCUAUAAGACGCACUUUUUCCCCUCCAAAAAUGAAGGGGAAAUGUGUGUGCGUCCCAUGGAGCGAAUGCAGGCUUUCGCUGAAGCCUGGAGAGCGAGGGGGGUCGGUGCGCACCUACCCCUCUCGCUCUCCAGGCUUCAGGAAGCUAUCCGCUAGCCAUGGGAGACCCAGCUCUCCAACGGCUAGCGGAGACCUUGCCAGCACCCAGAAGCUUGGGGCGCGCUGAGCUCCGCACGCCCCAAGCUCGGGAUUAGCGCAGCGCUCCGCUAGCCCUGGGAGAGCCGCGCGGCUCUCCCACGGCUAGCGGACUGCUUGCCGGCACCCAGAAGCUUGGGGCGCGCUGAGCUCUGCACGCCCCAAGCUUCGGGCUUAGCACAGCGCACCUGGGGGGGAAAUAAAAAAUUUUUUCCUUUAUUUCCCCCCCAAAAAACUAGGUGCGUCCUAUGGGCCGGUGCGUCCUAUGGUGCGAAAAAUACGGUAACUCAGAAGCAACCUUCUUUCUUGUCAAGUAAGGGAGUUCAGCGGCUGUGGAUUCUAAGACUGCCUCACAUUAUACAGAUUUCCCCCUUUCUAAUGCCAAACAUGUAGAAUCCAAUGGCGGGUUCUACAAGUGCAAAUAUUGCAUUAAUGAAAAUAAAUGCUCAGAAUUCAGCAAUAAAGUUUAUGUCAACAUAAGAGGUGAGAGUUUUGCUCUGUCCUUAGACCUAUUCAUGUGCAGGGCAUAGUUACGUUGAAAGCAAAGCAGUUUCUCGUUUUAAGCCCUAACCCUAAUGUCCCUACUCCUUCAGGCAACAAUCACAUGUUACAUGUGGUUGUCUGCAGAGAAUCCAAUGUGUGGACACACAUGUAAGGACUCUGCGUGAUUGUGACUGGUUACAUAUGUCUAGGUGGGAAUGUCUCUGCAGACAACCCCAUGGAGCACAUGGGUGUUGCAGAAAGACAGGAGGGGGCCAUCCUGUGUCACCAUUUGAGGCAAAAUGGGAAUGUGCCACUCCUUGCACGCCCCCCACUUCCGUUCCUGCCAGAAUGCCCCCUCCCUUCUUGCCAAAUGCAACAAGAGUCAGGCCGUUGCACAUGGCAUUGCCACUCAUCUUCUCUGUCCCAGGUGAGCAGAUAUUCCAAGAGCAAGUUUCCUAUUUUACAGAGUGACACAGUUGCAGAUGUUCCACCUUCUGAAUAUCAGCCCUCUUUCUUUCCAGGAGACCUUUAUCCAAAGCUUUCCAUCUCUGUGAGUCCCAGUCCUCUUGUCAUCCCAGGGACACGAUUCUACAUCCACUGUACAAAUGAAUAUCGUAGAAAUGAAUACCGUGAACAAGCAACUUUCUAUCUCUUCAAGGAAGGGACUCCGGGGCAUUUGUUUUCUGGGACUGAUUCAUUAAGUCCUGCAUUUCUCAUUCCUAAUGCCAAGCAAACAGAUGGAGGGAUCUACUGGUGUUCAUAUUGCUUCAGUCAAGACCAAGUUCAAAAAUGCUUGGGUUCCAGCGACAGAGUUCACGUCAACAUAACAGGUGAGGGCUCUUCUCCGUCUUGGUGUGCCAGUUUCACAAAUGAUACUAAAGUGGAGGUCAAAUUUAUUGCAUCUUCAACCAGAAGGAAAUGAUGCAUUGCCUAACAUAUCUCUCAUUCUCUUUCUGUAUUACAUUCCUAGAAGAUUGUAGUUCUGCCUUCUGCUGAAUGUUGGAGUUGCACCAGCCCUUAAACAUCCCUCUUCUUCUCUUUCCCAUUCAGAGCAUUUCUAUCCCAAACCUUCCAUUUCAGUGAGUUCGCAUGAAAUAAUUGCCCUGGGGGGAAAUGCAACCAUCCACUGUAAGAGUGAAGAGAACCCAAUGGCAGAAAUCACUCUGCUGAGAGAAAAUUCUUGGGGUAACCAUGAGAUCAAGAAGAUGGAACCAGGCAGUAUUUUAUUUCCCAUUCUCAAUGCUAAACGAACUGAUGGGGGGAUCUACUUUUGUACCUAUUGCUUCCAAUCAGACUUGGACUUCAAUCAGCGAUGCUCAAACUACAGUGACAGAGUAUACAUCAACAUAACAGGUGAGAUUCUGUCUUGGGUUGCAUCCACACCAAAGACCCUUAUACCACUUUAGCAGUCAUGGCUUCCUCCGUGUAGUUUGGGAACUGUAGUUUAACCAAAAGGUUAAAGUCUCUGUCAGAGAGUCCAUUGCCAGCCUGAUGAAGCAGUUGAUGGUUCUGGCUAGGACUUGGCUCAAAUCCCUAUUCAGGUGUGAAACUCACUGGAUGAGAUUCAAGCACACUCUGGUUGUGAGGACAAAAUGAGGUAAAGAACCAUUAUGCUGGCUUGAGUGUCUUGGGAUAUAGUUGAAAAAAUAAUGAUUAAUUAGCUAAUUACAUGUCUUAAUAUAUAUUAAUAUACUGUUGAGAAGAUGUAUGUUUAUAUGCUGUUUUAUAUUUUGAAAAGCAGAGGCACUCAGGUUCAUAGUCAAUAAUCCAAGUUAACAUAUUUUUGUUAGGGUUGCAAUGCAUUAUUUUGGAAGCUGCAGCUUAGAUAGAUCUGCCUUUAAGUCUCUGUUAAAUCAAAUUUCUCAUCUGCCUUUCCUUCACUCCAUCACCUGAAAAUGAAGGAGAAAUUGUUAAAUUUUUUGGCUGAUUAUAUGGCAUUGGCACAUAUUGGCUCAGGCCUCUGGUGAAGACCAAUGGUUUGACUCAGCAUAAAGCACAUUUUCUUAUGCGCGCUGUAUUAUUUAUUCCCCAGCUACUGGUUUUGAUGGGGCAGGGAUAAUAUUCAGGGACUAGCAUAUGUUUCAGCCUCCCUUCCUGCCCUCUAGCUUCAGAGAUUGUGAUUCACUUUGCCCAUACUUUCAAACAUGUCUUUGCACCAUUAAGGGGUAGAAAGAUGGGGGGGGGGGGGGAGAUAAAGCUGAAAUAAUUUGGAAGAUAAAGUAUUUGGAUGCUACUCUCUUUGCACACUAUACCUGUACAUUAUAUCCAAUACAUGUCAAUUGAAGGUGAUUUUGUGCAUAGCAAAAAGGUCUUUUGAUCUGAUGCAAAUUAGCAGGAUGCAUUACAUGCAUCACAAGCAACAUGUCUCAGUCCUUUCCUGGCUGUUUUUUUCUUUUCUUUUUCCUAACACUAGAUCCCUGGCUUUCUAAACCUUCUAUCACUCUGACACCAACACAGCAGAUUUCUACUGGGAUGAAUGUCAGCAUUGAGUGUCAGGGGGCAAAGAGUUAUGUGACCUUCUCAUUGUUCAAAUCAAACAACCUGAUAGCAUCACAGGAGGCAGAAGGGAACAGAAAUGCAACCAAGUUCUUUUUCUCUGAAGUGAGGUUGGAGGAUGGAGGGAGCUACACCUGCCGAUAUCACCACAUAGGAUUCCCCUUUCGUUGGUCAGAGUCAAGUGACCCCAUGGAACUGGUUGUGACAGGUGAGGAGCUUCCAUAGGUCUUUCUCCCACCUUUCUUCUAACUCUCACUCUCUGUGCAUGAGCUCUAGAGAUUAUGGCUGUCAAAGCCAAAUACCACCCUAGGUGACCUUGAGCCACAUUACAGGGAAUGGAGGAACUGGGUGUUUGGGUUUGCAUCAGCAACGGGUUACUAGAGACAAGAUCAGAAAUGAAGAUGAUAGCAUCCAAGGUGAGGUGCAUAGGAGAUGGAGGUACAUGGAGAUAGCAGGAAGCCCAUCUCAAUAUUCACUUACUUGGGGCAUAUAUGGGAAUGUGAUAUGGCUUUCUGCCCUUGUGUCAUGUAAUCAUUGGCGGAAGGAUAUUCAUGGCCCGUGUUUCUGUAUGUCUAGGGAAUGAAGGGACCGAUACCAUUUGACUGAAAUAUGUUAGAGGUAUAAAGAUGUGGAAAAGUACAUUCUUGAAUAAGACAGAUGGGAGGCAGGGUGCUGGAGUGGUAACUUGUAGAACUUAAGGAGGAAGCUGAAAGGUCAGGUGGGUGACCUUUUCAUAGACAUAGGGCAGUAUGAAAGAACUGCUUCCCCACAGAAUCCAGGGUCAGCCCUACUGUUAGGCAGAGUAAAUCAGCUGCCCUGCCUGAGACAGAAGAUGCAGUGGAAGAGAAGUGUUAGAGGACAGAGUUGGGUGCCAUACCACCUCCCACAGUGCAAGCUCUGCAUAACCUAGAGAAGCUGGUGAGUUUUAGUACAUGGAGUGGGAGGGAGAAAUGGCACCCCCUUGUCACUCACCUCAGGCAGAAAAAUAUCUUCAGCUGGCCCUGCAUACUGUUGGAAAAUAUGUGUGAUUUAAUCAACCAUCUUGCUGGGACCAGUCAUGUGGAUCAUUCCAGCUCUCCUUUCUGGAAUGGCAACAGUCAACCCAACCAAUUUGCCGUGCUCACGGGAUUGCUUCAUCUGCACAUAUUCCCAGUGUAAAGGAAAUUCAGUGUGUGUGUGUGUGUGUGUGUGUGUGUGUGAGAGAGAGAGAGAGAGAGAGAGAGAGCAUACACACCAUUUAAAGCACAUGACUUAUUCAAAAGAAUCCAGAGAACUGUGGUUUGAUAAAGAUGGUGGGAAUCGUUAGUCUGUAAGGAGUAGCUUCUGUGAAAACCAAGGCUUUCCUAGGAUUAUGGGAAAGCACGGUGGGUGUCCAUACUGUGCAGUAGAUAGAAAGCUUUUGUAGUAAGAAUGACCCCUGCAGAAUCAGACCCAAGGCCCAUCUGGUCCAGCACUCUCGUCUCAGAGUGGCCACCCAGAAGCUUAUGGGAAGCCCACAAGCAGCUUAAUGCAUGCAAUAGCCCUCUCGUGCGCAAUAGAUGUUCAGAUGUUCAGAUGUUCAGCAAUAGAUGUUCAGAGGUAUACUGCCUGUGAUGGUGGAGGUAUAGCACAUGCAUGGCCAUCAUGACUAGUCCUGAGUGAUGUGGUCAUGCAGGGGCGAAUGGAUGCAUGUAUGGGAACUGGGAGGCGGUCUUGUGGAGGUUGAUUGAUAGAUCCAAAGGCCAAUAAGAGGAUCAUUCCUAAUAGCCACUGGACACUGCACAAUAAGCAUUAGUAGCAUUCUAACUGUCACCUGGUUUUACAGACAGAUUUCCAGUCAUCUUGUGGGCAAGCAUUGCGGCUGGACUUUCCCUUCUGAUUCUCUUCCUUCUGGUGCUUGCCUUUAUAUUGUACAGAAAAGGCAGAAACGGUAAGUGGGCUUCUGAAUGGACUGCUUUACAGUGGCAGAGAUUAAAGCAUGCAAAACUGUUUUUGUAGCAGUAUAGGUUUUCAGUGACCUGAGCAGCAAGUUAUCUUUUUGCAUCUCUAGCAGAUGAAAAAUUUUCUGUGUGUGUUAUUUAAAUUUAUUUUAAAAAGCAAUUUAGUUUAUGGGUUACCUUGGUAGAAGUUUUUCCAAUGCAGAGUGACACACAGCCUCACAGAAACGAAGCAAGAAGUUUUCUCCAUCCAUGAAGAGAAAGGUCUAAGUCAGGCUUUCCCACCUCAAUGUCCUUCUUGUGGAAGUUUUUGGAUGGCAACUCCAGCAUGGCCAAUAGUCAAGGCUGAUAGGACUUGUAGUCUAAAACAUCUGGAGGGCACCAGGUUAGGGAAGGUUGGUCUUAAGAGUUAGGCUACAUGGGGAGGGAGCAGAACCCACAAAGCUGCUCUGAAACAGAUUGGGCCAAGAAUCUCAUGCUCUCUUUCUGAUCUGCAGGUUCCACGGCCCACAAAAGAAGCCAACCACCGAACACAGUAAGCUUUCCUAGCAACAAAAACUUCCACGUAAACAAAAACCUUUAUUACUGUGGACAUCCUGCCAACCUCCUACACUCCAGGCCCUUCAAUCUAAGAAGGAAAAAAGAACAUCUCUGCCAGUGUGGUGUAGUGGUUAAGAGCGAUAGACUCGUAAUCUGGUGAACUAGGUUCGCGUCUCCGCUCCUCCACAUGCAGCUGCUGGGUGACCUUGGGCUAGUCACACUUCUCUGAAGUCUCUCAGCCCCACUCACCUCACAGAGUGUUUGUUGUGGGGGAGGAAGGGAAAGGAGAAUGUUAGCUGCUUUGAGACUCCUUUGGGUAGUGAUAAAGCGGGAUAUCAAAUCCAAACUCUUCUUCUUCUAACCAAUUUGGUGGAGAAAACAGGCCAUAGAGACAGAAAAAGAUACCAUCUGUGAAACACUUCAGGUGUCAGACCGAAAGCCGCCAUUGGCAAUUAUAACCUCUGGAUCCCAAUAGGGGUGUGGUUUUAUUCAUACAUCUCUAUGUGAAAGUCCUAGGGCACUGUCAGGAUUCAGUGACAGUGUAUAAAGCAGCUCAGUUUAAUACCAGAAGUUUCUGGAGAGGGCAGCUGCAUUCCAAAUGUACCCCUUUAGCCUUAGGGUUGCAGAGUUAUGUCAAAAAAAAGAAAGAAAGUGUGAUCCUGUCCGGCAACAUUCUAUUUAUUUUUUAGCAGUAGGCUCAUUUGACUGUGGGUGUGCAGGCAUGUGCAGAGUGUAACACUCAUCCUCUUGAGAGCUGAGUGGCAGCCCCAGGUGCAGUGGCGGAGCUUGCCGCUCCUGCACCCAGAGUGGCGGGGCAGGGCGAUCCUCCCACAGGGCGGGACAAACCUCGGGGGGGGGUUUCCAUUCACGGAGCAGCAGCGCAAUCCUCCCAGGGGGGAUUUUGUCACCCCCCUCUGGGAUGGCACCUGGGGCAGAGUGCCCCCACCACACACCCCUUCUGAUGCCCCUGCCCAGAUGCCAUUUGCUCCUCUCUGGAAGUUGCUGUUCAAAUUCCUGUCAUUUACACAUUCUUAUUCAUCAUUCCCAUUGUCCCUCUAGAACAGGGGUAGGCAACCUAAGGCCUGGGGGCUGGAUGCAGCCCAAUCGCCUUCUCAAUCCGGCCCGCGGACGAUCCGGGAAUCAGCGUGUUUUUACAUGAGUAGAAUGUGUGCUUUUAUUUAAAAUGCAUCUCUGGGUUAUUUGUGGGGCAUAGGAAUUCGUUCAUCCCCCAAAAAAAUAUAGUCCGGCCCCCUGCUGAAAAGGUUGCAGACCCCUGCGCUAGAAGAUGUAGUGGCAGAGACUGAAUGCUAAAUAUCUCCCUCUCCCCCCCCCCCCCAUAGCCCCUGGAAUCCGACAGCAGAGAAGACCCUGAUGGAGUUUCUUAUGCUGCCCUGAACCACGGGGCCCUGAAAUCCAAACAGGUACCCGAUGCUGACAGGAUCCCUGAAAGCUGUACUUACGCAACAUUGGCCCAAGGCAGACCAAAGUAG